AUGAGCCCAAACGACAAAAUGGCAGAGAACGCGCCUUGCUUCGACUCAGGCAGCUUUUUCAAGUGGUGGCUCAACCCCAGCAAGAUCUUCCGCACCCCGAACCGCAAGCUGAAAAACACAACGCCUGUCGUCGUGGUGGGCUCAGGCUCACAUAGCGGCGAUGGGACGACGGAGUUUGUGAAGGCGGCAGCGAAGAAGCUCCUCUACUUCUCCUACCGCAACUGCUUCCCCCCCUUGCCGAACAGGUCUACAACGGACACCCGCUGGGGCUGCCUUGUGCGCACCACGCAAAUGCUUGUCGGCAGCUGCCUCCUGCGAUACCACUGCAAAGGCGCCUACGUGCUACCAGAGAGGGACAACGCUGAGCUAAAGGAGAGGAUAUCGCGGCUGUUCAUGGACGUCCCGUCCGCCCCACUUGGGAUCCACAAGGUCGAGGAUGAGGCUCACAAGAACAGUGUCAAGUACGCCAGCAUGCUGUCCCCCACUGAGGCGGGCAUGGCGAUUGCAGCCGCUCUGAUUGCCUUUCACGCACAAGGUGGGGAUGCGCCAUUCACGUUUUGCUGCGAGAACCGCAAUAUUGAUGAAUCGGCGGUGAUGGCGAAGCUCUCGGAGGGCCAGCAUGUUAUUCUUAUUAUCCCUGUAGUCUUGGGCAUUGCACCCAUGUCGGGCCAGUAUGAGCGCAUGCUGCUCAAGAUUCUCGACAUGAAGGCGUGCUGCGGUAUCGCAGGAGGCUUCAAGCAAGCAUCUUUGUACAUGUUUGGUCAUCAGGGCCGCAACGUCUUUUUCAUGGACCCGCACUACGUCCAAAGGGCCUACACCUCUGGCAGGACCGUCGGCACCCUCGAGGGCGCUCGCGGCGACCUGGCGGCGCGCAGAUUUGACCCGUGCAUGGUUCUUGGUUUUUAUCUUCACACCCCGGCGGAUUACUGCGAGUUUGCGGAAGAACUAGCAGUGGUCAAUUCACUCGUGGUGUUUCCACUAAUCAGCUUUGGUCGGUGGCCUCGGGAGGGGACGUCCCCUUCCGACGAUCGCGUCGUUUCUGUGGCGGAGAGCGAGGAGAGCAUUACGCUAUACGAGAAAAAGAAGCCACAGCUAGACCCGAAUCCGCUCGCUGCUGGCGGAGGGCACGCCAGAAGCUCGAACCCGAUCUCUCCUCCGCCGAUCUAG